GACAGAUACAAAAAGUUUAACAUCUUCCCCUCUCUCUCUUUCUUGGUGGCUUCUCUUUUUCCUUUGGGUUUAGUGGUGGGGGUUCUCUCUAUAAAACAUUUUUGCAACUAUAUAUAAAUAAAAAUAAGAAUAAUCAGGUUUUAUAUAAAAUAGCAAAAGAGAUGCAACAGCACCUGAUGCAGAUGCAGCCCAUGAUGGCUGGUUACUACCCCAGCAAUGUCACCUCUGAUCAUAUCCAGCAGUACUUGGACGAGAACAAGUCUUUGAUUCUGAAGAUAGUUGAAUCUCAAAACUCUGGAAAGCUCAGCGAGUGUGCCGAGAAUCAGGCAAGGCUUCAACGCAACCUGAUGUACUUGGCUGCAAUAGCAGAUUCUCAGCCUCAACCUCCAAGCGUGCAUGGCCAGUAUGGAUCUGGUGGUGGUGGGUUGAUUCAAGGAGAAGGAGCGUCACACUAUUUGCAGCAGCAACAGGCGACUCAACAGCAGCAGAUGACUCAGCAGUCUCUUAUGGCAGCUCGUUCUUCGAUGAUGUAUGGUCAGCAGCAGCAACAGCCUUAUGCAACGCUUCAGCAUCAGCAGUUGCACCAUAGCCAGCUGGGGAUGAGCUCUAGCAGCGGAGGAGGAAGCAGUGGUCUCCAUAUCCUUCAGGGAGAGGCUGGUGGGUUUCAUGAAUUUGGCCGUGGGAAGCCGGAGAUGGGGAGUGGUGAAGGCAGAGGAGGGAGCUCAGGGGAUGGUGGAGAAACACUCUACUUGAAGUCAUCAGACGAUGGGAACUGAAAGAGUGUGGCACAAGUAAGUCCAGUGAAGAAGAAGAAGUAGUAGUAGUAGUAAGUGUCUGAAGUUUGUGUGUUUUGGUUUAGUUGCUUGUCGAAAAAGCAAAGAACUCGUAUUUACGUUUUAGUGUUUUUUUUUUAAUUUUCUCUAUGUUUGUUCCCUAAAAGUAUGAACUCUUACGUGGUGUAGUGUACCAAGCAGAUCUGCUCGCUACAAGUUGUGUCGUAAUCCUAGUAUGUUAUUUCUUAGCACGAUAAAUGAGUCUACUCUUUCGCUUGAGCAAUAA